GUAACAGGUAAUCUUAGAUGCCGACUCUCUUUGGAAUGACCGAAUCACACGAGUGCAGAAAGGAUUUCAUUUUCAAGACCUCCGAUUGAUGUACACGGUCCAAAAAUAGGGCCAUUAUGUAAGCAGUCAGUGACUCACGUCUACCCCAAAGACCAGGACACAAAGUGGGCAUGCAUUCGACUUGCCUGACGAUGCCUUUUUGUGGUUCGAAGUCUUUUACGCCCAACUCUCCAGCCCAAGCUGAAGGUGAAUACUACUGCUAUCGACAGCAUCUUAAGUAUACUGGACAAGCAUGGCACAGAAGGAAAAACUGCAGUGUCUGAAGGAUUUCCACAAAGACAUCCUGAAGCCAUCACCAGGGAAGAGCCCGGGCACGCGACCCGAGGACGAGGCGGAGGGGAAGCACCCCCAGCGAGAGAAGUGGGCCAGCAAGCUUGACUUCGUCCUCUCGGUCGCCGGGGGUUUCGUUGGUUUAGGGAACGUCUGGCGUUUCCCAUACCUCUGCUAUAAGAAUGGCGGAGGUGCAUUUCUUAUACCGUACUUCAUCUUCCUGUUUGGUGGGGGUCUACCUGUGUUCUUCCUGGAGGUGGCACUCGGGCAGUUUACCUCUGAAGGGGGGAUCACCUGUUGGGAAAAGCUCUGCCCCAUUUUCACCGGCAUCGGCUACGCGUCCAUGGUGAUCGUCUCCCUGCUGAACGUUUACUACAUCGUGAUCUUGGCCUGGGGUCUCUACUACCUGUUCCAGUGCUUUCAGCCUGAGCUUCCCUGGGCCAAGUGCAAGCAGUCGUGGAACACGCCCAACUGCGUGGAGGACACCGUUCGCAAGAACAAGACCAUCUGGAUGGCAGCCAAUGCCAGCAACUUGACUUCUCCCGUCACUGAAUUUUGGGAACGCAACGUUCUCAGCAUCUCCAGUGGAAUCGAGGACGUCGGCCCAAUUAAGUGGGACCUCGCUCUCUGUCUCUUGGCCGUCUGGGUCAUCUGCUUCUUCUGCAUCUGGAAGGGGGUCAAGUCCACGGGGAAGGUUGUGUACAUCACAGCAACGUUCCCGUUCAUCAUGCUCAUCAUUCUCCUGAUCCGUGGAGUAACACUCCCAGGCGCGGCUGAAGGGAUCAAGUUCUACCUGUACCCGGACCUGACGCGCCUGAAGGACCCUGAGGUCUGGAUUGAUGCUGGAACUCAGAUCUUUUUCUCAUACGCCAUCUGUCUUGGAGCGAUGACCUCCUUGGGGAGCUACAACAAAUACAAGUACAACUGCUACAGGGACUGUUUGCUGCUGGGAGGCCUGAACAGCGGUACCAGCUUUGUGUCUGGCUUCGCAAUAUUUUCCGUCCUGGGCUUCAUGGCACAAGAGCAAGGGGUGGACAUUGCUGAUGUGGCAGAGUCAGGUCCUGGCUUGGCCUUCAUCGCCUACCCCAAAGCCGUGACCAUGAUGCCUCUGCCCACCUUCUGGGCUAUUCUCUUCUUCAUAAUGCUUCUGCUUCUGGGUCUCGACAGUCAGUUUGUCGAAGUGGAAGGGCAGAUCACUUCACUGGUCGAUCUGUACCCAUCCUUCCUAAGGAAGGGUUACCGGCGAGAGGUCUUCAUAGCGGUUAUGUGCUUCUUGAGUUAUCUUCUGGGACUUACCAUGGUUACUAAGGGUGGCAUGUAUGUGUUUCAACUCUUCGACUACUAUGCCGCCAGUGGUGUGUGCCUUCUCUGGGUCGCAUUCUUUGAAUGUAUCGCUGUAGCCUGGGUUUAUGGUGUUGACAACUUCUAUAAUGCAAUUGAAGACAUGAUUGGCUACAGACCAAAUCCCUGGAUGAAAUGGAGCUGGACUAUCAUAACACCUUUCCUAUGCAUGGGUUGCUUCAUCUUUUCCUUGGUCAAAUAUAAACCAUUGACCUACAACAAGUCCUACGAGUAUCCUGACUGGUCCAUCGGCAUUGGUUGGACCUUGGCCCUCUCCUCCAUGAUCUGCAUCCCCAUGGUGGUGGUCAUCAAGAUCAUUCAGUCUGACGGCCCACUGAUAGAGCGGAUCAAGGCGGUCGCUGCUCCAGUGAGGGGAGGUGCUAGCUCACGGCCAGCGGACCACCAUCCCAAGGUCAGCGAGCUGAGACAUCCCCUGGAUCCCAACGGGAACAAUGGCUUGAUAAAGCCCACCCACACUAUUGUAGAAACGAUGAUGUGAGCGCUCUCUAUGAGAGGAUCGAAAAUAAUUAGCUUUCCAUGUUAUAUAUUCGCUAACUUUUAAAAUAGUUGUAGGACCAGGUUUACACGUAUCUGCACUAGGUGUUUUCUACAGAGGAAGUUACGUGGUUUUUUUUCUUUGUUUAUACUGUUUUUAAGAUUCAUUAUUAUUGAUAUUAUUACUAUCAUUAUCAUUACUACUGCGGUAGCUAGAGGAGGGCUGACCUGGCACAUGACAAAGGAACUGAAAAUAGGUUUUUGGUUUCUGUUUUUAAGUCCUUUUUUUUUGCAGGUAAGGAGCAUGUAGUCUGUUUUUAAAACUUUGGGGAGGGAAUCGGGGCCACAUUUGCAAAUGUAAAGAUGCACUGAAUUUUAUGGCGACAUUAUGGCAUUUUGGAGUAUAAGGAAAAUCGGACUCCCCCUCUAGAUUUAAAUUGUAUUUUUAUAUUGUUGUGAGGGUGGCAUUCUGUGGUAAGGUUACAGCUGUCAUUGUUGUUGUGUUAUUGGGCAUUACAUAGACCUGCAAGGCCCAAAACCAUACUGAGUCUGCAGAUAUAUUGAAGACCCAUCGAGUCUGUACAGACUGGCCUGUUGCAAUCUUGGUCUUGGCAGUCCUCUGCAAAUGUUGGUUCUUUGUUAAAUAUGGGUUCUCAUCGAAAAAGAACCAGCAUUAGACAGUGGUCCACAAGGACCAAGACAGGGAACCACUAAGAGAAUGUCCAGCAAUGGGUCAAUUAUCAAAGAAACUAGCUUGAAGGACACUACUGCUAUAGUUUCCCUGAGUAAACUUCAGGCAUAUUCUUCAGGUUUUUGUUGUAUUUCUAGUUAUACGAACUAGCUAGAGAAUAUGAAGCACACAACAUCACAGUGAUAAACACUUAUCUUUCUACCCCACUAAGAACUAGGAGAGACGAGUCAUGAUGUUACGUUAACGUCUUACACCACUCGAAAACGGACUACUGAUGCGUUCUGCAUGUGCUUACCAGCGAAACGCAUACAAAAAUGUUUAGCGUCCUCCACUAAAACAAAGCACUUCUCCUUGUCUUGGUGCAACCCCCCAUGUCUCACCUGUCCAAUUAAUUUAUAGCUGAAAACAUCAUCGAUGCAUUUUAUUCAUGAAAAUCGACAAAACUGAGCUACAGCGCAAUUAUGUCACUUUACGCAGAUCGCAUCCCAUUUAUGAAUCCUUCAUUCAGCAAAAAACAUUUACGUCUGUUUCAUAGUAUUCAUAAAGUAUAUAUGCAUACCAAUAUCUAUAUUUUCAAUCACAUUCGCCUUUUUUUUUACUUAAAAUGUUAUACUGUCGCUAAUUAUAAAACAUUUUAUUGAAAGCAGAGUGAACCACUUUUUAUUUUCACACUUUACCCGUUAAUCAGCAAAGCUUAAGUACAAUUUUUAAUGUGCAAUAUGUUAUGGAAAUAAAUAGCAUUUUUCUUGUUUCUAGUAGUCGGUACAUUACAUUUUUUAAAUUAGAUAAUUCACACAAUACGUCAAGAGAACUGAAAAGGGAAGCCUUUUGUGUUAUGUUUCAGAAGGGGUGUGGGAAGAGUUUUCUCUUGCCUCCCAAAUUAUUCACAUUUCAAAUUUGAAAGUAUUUUGUUCAGUAAACUCCUAGUGGCAUGACCUUACUCCUACAUGAAGUUUUAGCCAAACAUGGGUACUAUUAAGAUCAUAUCCUCAAGAAGAGACCGUACUGUGCUUACGACACUUUGUAAGGUGUGCGUAAGGUGCCUCUCCAAACUGUUAUUCAAUUAGAAGAUCACAUCAGACUUCUAGUAGGAGGAAACAAAAUUUUUAUGAAUGCAUUCAAGGCUUCGGAACCUCCAAAGAGAUUAAAAGUUUCAUCCCAAAUGCCGGAUGCUGAUGCACCUUUACAGAGACUGGAAUUAAAUUCAUCUGUAUUGUUUCUGUUUUUCGUGUCACAUCUUACAUAAGAGCCCUACCGUUUUUUUUUUUUUUUUUUUAAAAAGAAUGUAAAAUAGGAAAAUGUUUUUAAUUCAUUAUGAGCGAUUUGAAGUGUUUUAUUUUUUAUAAUUUUUAAACCAAGCUGUAAGCAAAAAAAUAUUUAAAAACAGGUUUUACAAUAUCUAAAGCUUUUUUAUUUCUAAAUAAACAUUUGUCUUUGAAAAA